AUGGUGGGAGUUCCGCACAGCACAGGCUGCGCCCUGUGCCGCGAGCGACGGAUUAAGUGUGACGAGGCAGUCCCUGAGUGCAGCCAGUGCCAGAAAUAUGGUCGCGCCUGUCCGGGAUACCGGCGGACGUUUCGUUUUCAGGACGAAGGCCCCAACCUGGCGAGGCGACAUCGUUCCACUACGCGACGGAGGAAGAGAGGUGCGUCGGCAGGCCGACCCGCAAUAACCACGGCCACGGCGACAGAUUCGCCCCAAAUUGAGCGAUCGCCUAUCGCGCCCGAUGAUUCUGCGGCCGCAGCGGACGUGGUGCGCUUCAAUGCGAUCGCGCUCAUGCGACUGCGCAGCUCCUUCCGGGCUGCCCAGCCGCAAUUAUUCCUGAACUUCAUCAGCACGUCGUUUCCAACCCUAUAUUACCACAAUCGCUUCCGCUCUGGCAAUGCGCCUGGAUUUGCCGAGCACAUCGUCAUGAAUUUCGGACACGAUGCUUAUCUCGACUCCGCAGUUUGCUGCCUAAGCUCGGUCUAUCUAGCACAUCUCACCCAAGAUCAGGCUCUGCUGAAAACGAGUCGCCAAAUGUAUUCAAAGUCGCUGAGCGAGGUCAUCCGGGCCAUCCCCAAAGCCGAGCACGCCAAGUCUGACAACAUGUUGUGUACAACAAUCAUCCUCAGCGUCUUUGAAAUGUACGCUCAUACCACACCAGACGCCUGGGUUGUGCACUCCGACGGCGCGAAACGGCUGAUGAUAAGCCGAGGACCAGCUGCGCAUGAGACUGGGUUUGGAAGAUAUUGCUGGAUUGCAUUCCGGGGAUUCUUCAUUGCGACAGCAGUCUACGAAGGCAAGCCCUGCUUCCUAGACCAGGAAGAAUGGCAAUCCUUCGCGACGAAAGUCCGGACCGAGGACUGUCUGAAGCCCGGCGAGUGGUCUGCAUACGGUGAAAUAUCCGACCUGGCUUUCAUGGAAAUCGCCAAAUGCCCGCGAUAUAUCAGUGACGCGCGUGAUAUCCUUUCCGCUCUGACCGAGCCAGACCCGAAUGCUACAAUGAUAUUGCUCGGCCGGAUACAGAACACAUCGUGUAAGCUGCGCUCGCUUGUUGCCGAGCUCCGGGCAUGUAUCAUCGCGCACAGUCAGCGCCAGCAGGGCAUCAUACAGCGACCGGGAUCAUUCGUUGGGCCAGUACCAGAGACCUUCCCAGAUACCGGCCCGUCACUCCUUCUUAACGGCGCUGAAAAUAUGCUGGAAACAUUACAACAGCUAUCCGACCGGCUUGGAGAUGGAUCACGAAUCACGUUGCUCGAUGACCACUCUCCCGAGUCAUCCCUCGCCACACCACCUAGUAGUGGCAGUGAAUACUCCAUAUCUCCUUAUUCUGCCACCCCAAAGAAUUAUGCUCUCCCCUUCCGUAUUUAUUCAGAGCUUGGGCAGGGUCCAUCUCGGACUUCUGACCCACAUGAUCCCCGUGCUGUGAUUUGGUUAGACCGGAUAGCAUCGUCUAUGGGUGCCCUCGGCGCAAAAGUGCUCCCGGGCGAUCCUUCUGAUGCUUCUGAUGCUUCGGUGGAGGUGGAACCCUCGCCACGAACGUUGCAGUGGCGAUCACCUCCUGAGCUCGUUACCUUCACAAAGUAUCCGACAUGA